CGGCCGGACAGGCUCCGCUCCCCAUCGCUCGCCUGGAACAUCGCUUCCCGGAGCCCCGCGGGGCUGGAGGACUCCAACGCCCUCUCGCUGAGUGUCUGCAGCCGCACCUCCAUUUGUGUCCUCGGCUGACAAAAUGCCACACCUGAACGGGAUGGUUUCUGGGCUGCAGAGCCAGGUGUCCCUCCACCUCGCCUGCUCCAAGUGCAGCCACCGAGAGAAUGAGAGCACCUACCGGCUGAAAGAUGUGGACCACCACUGCAGGACGGAGAUCUUGCUGGCCAGGUGCAAGGGGGCGAGCGGCAUCCAGUGGCGCAAAGUGGACAGGAGGCCCUCCUUCCCCAGACCGGCUUUCUACGACAUCUGCCGGUAUUACGUUCCUGGUUUGGGCUGCACCAGACACCGCAACUCCUGCACCUUUGCCUGGAGCCGAGAGGAGGUGAUUGUGUGGACAUUCGAGAGGAAAUACAACUUGGAAAGGCACAAAUUGAAGUGGCUGUUGAAACAGGCCCAGUCGGGCGUCACGCCCAGCGCCCAGACUAAACCCCAUGAUCUUAGCAACCCAGAAGAAAUCCUCAGUGAGUUUGGGGGUUAUUUCCAGGAAAUCUGCGGACCUUGUUUUUAUAGCCGUCCCCAGCGGAUUUCACCCAAGGGCUCUGCUCAGUGCAAGAGUCACUGGGGCUUCCUUUUGGUUCAUGUGAUUGCCGACGGUAAGAAAAAAGAGCAAUAUACCGAAAUUCGGCCCUGUCCGACAAGCAGGAGGCACUUUUCGUACUGUCCGUCCGUCUCAGCCGGCAGGUCCUGCUGGAAUAACUCUCAGUCCUGCAGUUUCGCCCACAGCGAUGUAGAGCUGGCCAUCUGGAAGGCAGAGCAAAGAUGCGGUCUGGAUCGUGCCAACCUGCUGUGCCCGGCAGCGGAGGAGACGGCAAGCUCGCCGGACGCCGCGCCGCAAUAUCAAUUCUACUGCCGGGUUUGCCUGGUGACGUGUGAUUCCCAGCAGAGCUUCGAGAACCACUGCUCGUCCGUGGAGCACACGCAGCUGAUCACCACCGACAUGCUGACUGAGUGGAGUUAUCGCGCCCCUCCGUACGAUCCAAAGAACUUUGCUCUUUGCAGCCGACCAGACAUUUGUGAAUAUGGGGAGGAUUGUGCCAGGGCGCAUUCGGUCCAGGAAUUGGAAGAGUGGAUCCAGCGGGCGAAAAUUGCCCAGAGAAAGAAGAAGACGGCCAAGCAGGACGGCCUCUUAGCUUACCAGGAUCGACUUAUUGCCGAGUACCAAUCGAGCCACAACGAAGUCUUAAUUAUUUCGGAGGCCGUGGAUGGCGUGAGGGUCACUUGCAAGCAGCCACUCCGGAUCCAGUCAGAGAAAAAGAAAUUGCAGUAUGAGUGGGUCUUCACCAUCCAUUCCCAGAUGCCGCUGAUCCACGUAGCCCUAUUAAAGAAAAUCCCAGGAGCCAACUUCUCCUUAGCUGUGCCAGGAAGGGCUGAGCUUCUCACUUACGCUUCUGGAGACAGCUUCAAAACCGUGCGGGCGUCUCCACCAGCCAUUGAGGUGAAAGUCCGCUUGCAGAGUCACACCUUCGGGGUCUACGAGCAGUGGCUGGUCUUUGAUUUUGGCAGCCGGCCUGUCUUGGUUCAAAAGCUUCACGCCCGGGUGGGUCAGAAGGAAGCAUCAUGGCGGGUGGAUCCGGCCACCGAGUCCUCCAGCUGCUUUGUGCCCAGUGGGCGCUGGCACAGUGGGAACCGCAUAGUGGUGCCCAGCGUGGCUCGCGUGAACAAGGACGUGGAACUGCUGGCUAAGUACAAGGCCGCCUCCCUCUCGAUGGACUUCCAGCGAGGGGCGAGGGGCAAGCCCAUCACCCGUGUCAAUUACUGCGAAGAAAUGCACAACUUCCUCUUCCGAGAAGAAGAAGCUCAGCAGCUCUUGAUCUCCAAGCUCAACUUGCGUGCGAUGGUCUUCUUCGUAAACAGUGUGGAAGUCUUCCCAUCGGGGCUGAAAUUUGCUCCCCCACAACACCUUUACGCCCAGGUCGUGACCCCUUACUCGUUGACCAUGGACUCCGACGAAGGGUACCUGCUCCAGCGCUCAGUCAACACGGCCCUCCUCUCCCAAGAUCCACCUGCUAACAACCGGGUUUAUGAGGUCUCCAUCGAGAAAGAAGCCCUCACUGAAAAGAGCAUCUGUCUUCUCCUUCCCCAACGUUGCUGCAGGGAACUGGGCCUCCAACCAGACACGUUUGCCAAGAUGGAAGUCCAGAUCCAAAUGGACCAGCUUCAAUUCUGCCAAUGGCACCAGGCUGUGGACAACUUAUGGGAUGUGAAGCUGGUCUUUCCAGAUGUGGCCGCCUGCUCCAUCCCAUGUGGAACUUCACAGGUGCCAUGGGGGAAUGCAAAGCAGAAGCAAGCUUUUAGCUUCAUCACUGGUCAGGUGACUGGUUUCUGUAGAACACCACCUCUUUUGAUCUACGGACCAUUUGGGACUGGGAAGACCUUCACAUUGGCCAAGACUACCCUGGAGAUCAUCAAGAAGUCCAAGACACGUGUGCUUAUCUGCACCCACACCAAUAGGCAUGAAAGCUGGCUGGGUAUCUUUGAGCAUCUGGAUAUCUUAGAAGGAUGGAGUAUUAGGUGUAUCACUUUGCACUAUCGGAUCCGGGAAAGGAGCAAUCCUUACGCACCACAGAUCCUCCAGUUUGAUGAACGAGUGAAACGUGGAGAAGAGAUCACAGAAGACGAAGUUGAGAGGUACAAAAGACUGCUGAAAAAGGCACGAAGCUAUGAACUGGUAUGCCACAAUGUCAUUCUUUGCACAUGCUCUGCCUCUUCGUCCAACUUCCUUUCAGAGCAGACAAACAUCGAACAGCUUCUAAUCGACGAGUGUGCCAUGUGCACGGAGCCUGAAACGCUCAUCCCAUUGGUGAAAUGCAAGAGGCUCGAGAAGGUUGUCUUGUUAGGAGACCAUAUGCAGCUGAGACCCGUGGUCCAGAGUGACUUCUGCAAGAAACUUGGGAUGGAGAAGUCUCUCUUUGAGCGCUACUACAAACAGGCUUUGAUGCUCAACAUCCAGUAUCGCAUGCACAAGGACAUCUGCCAGUUCCCAUCCAGGACCUUUUACAACAAUAAACUGAUGACCAGUCCCAGUAUCACUCGUGGAAGCAGCACACUCUACUACCGUAGCGAAUUUGAGUGUACCCCCAUCAUCUUUGGCCACAUCGAAGGAAGAGAGAUUUCCCUCGUGGUCUCCACGGAAGAAGGGAACGAGAACUCCAAGGCCAAUCUGGAGGAAGUUCAGCAGGUGGUGAGAAUUGCAAAGCAGCUAACCCUGGAUAGAACCACCAGGGAAGACGAGAUCGCCAUCCUGACUGGUUAUAAUGCUCAAGUCGUGGAAAUCAAGAAGCAACUUGCUCAGCAUGGCAUGCGAAACAUAACCGUUUGCACCAUCAUGAAAAGCCAAGGCAGUGAAUGGAAAUACGUCAUAGUGUCCACAGUCCGUUCCUGUAAUCGGCAGGAAAUUGAUGAAAGGCCCACAAGGAGUUGGCAGAGUUACCAUCUCGGCUUCAUAGUAGAUCCCAAUCAGAUCAAUGUCUGUCUCACUCGGGCACAGGAAGGCCUCUGUAUUAUAGGAAACAGCCAUCUUCUGGCGAGCAAUAAUUUGUGGCGGCAACUUCUGAAUCAUUACCAGAGCCGUCGAUGCCUUACCAUGGCCAAUGCAAUUAAGGUUAAAAAGAGGACCAGUCUUGUCCGAUAAGAAGGUACCCCGGGAAAAAAUCUCUUCUGUUGUUUUUAACCUCCUGGGCAUGGAGACCAUGCCCAAUUCCGGGAAAUGGGAUUUACCAACACUGAGCCAAAAUCAGCAGCCUUGUGGCUAAGGAGACAUUUGCCAGGGGGAAAAAAAAAACACUAUGGCACGACUUACUUUUUCAAGAUCCGACCUCAGAGGAGACUCUGCCUUGCUCGGGGAUGAAAAAAAGCCAUCUCUUAACACAUUUUAGCAUGCAGGAAUCUUUCAGAAAAGCAAAUUCAGUUGGGGAAUUUAAUAGACGCGGUCGAAGAAUGAAGCAACUGGUCCACCACGAGCCUGCGAGGAGCGUUUGCAACGCGGGGGACGGAGGAAAACUGUGCCGCCAAAGAGCAGGGCUCCAGCUGCACUUUUCAAAACCAGAUUUUUUUUUAAGGAAGAUCAAAACCCUCAUCUGCCAAUCCCCCCAAAUUGACAAAAUGAUAAGCUGACUCAGCCACCCAACGCAAUGCAAAUGAUUCCCUUCGAUCUCUGGCUUGGAAUGCUUUUGUACAAAUUUUUAAUUUUAAUUUUUUUUUUAAGCCCGGUUACAUUUUACUUGAAAUAGUUUCUUCGUGCUAGUUUUUUAAUGUGCUUUUUUAAAAGAAACAAAUGAAAACUUAAGAACCACAGAACUGGGGAUGCCUCCUUAAGCUUCAUGCUCUUUGAUCUAGCAAACCCUUUGGGCUGAGCCCACGAACGCUGUGUUUUUCUCUUACCUUUUCGCCAAAAUGAGAUCCUCACUUCUGCUGGCCUUGAAAAGGAUCGGGGGGAAAACUUGGUGCGAUGGCAUCUGCUUUAUGCUGAACUUUCACCUUAGUGAGUUUUGUUGCCUGUAAUGGGGGGAAAAAAACCCAAAUUAUCUUAGGCGAACUCAGUCUGAUGAGCAUUGGCGGCAAUGAACCCCCUGCUUAGAAGAAAGCUGCUUAUAUAUAAUAGUGCCUAGUGAAGCUCACUGAACUGCCUUCACACAAAGUGCUUAUCCAAGUCAGUUGCAAAGCGAGGAUUUGCACAAUGGGCCAAGCCUUUUCCCCCCUCUUAGCUUUAACCUUAAUGCUGUAAGGAAAGUGUGGUUUAUUGCAAAGGGUCGAUCAUAAGGUAACCUCCAGAAGUUUUGGACCUCAACUGCCAUGAACCUAGGGGUCUUUGCUCAGAGCUACAAGGGAAUGGGGUUUACGGAGUGAAGAAUGAGGAGAAGGAGGGAUCCUUGGUGCUGUCAAACUGCUGGUUUUCCUGCAGAUGUUUCCUUACCCAACUAGAUAACAUCAUCAG